AUGGACUUAGGUGCUCAAAGAAUGCUCCUUUUGUUUCUGCUUCUGCUGCAGCUGCAGCCCUAUGGUGCCAGUGGGAUGCUCCACACCAAGUGUCCCUUAACUUUGGAGCAUGAGGAAUUCAAUGAAGGGAAUCGCUACAAGCCAGGGGACCAUGUUAUUGCUGGACUUCUCUCUAUAUCGCCUGCCUGGUUUCUACCAAAUGAUUUUCAAAGGCCUCCAUCUGCUAACAUUUCAUGGAAAGGAUCUUCCUAUUACUGGAAAAUUCUGUCCUUCCUUUUUGCCAUCCAGGAGAUCAACCAGGAUCCCAAACUCUUACCCAAUAUCACCUUGAGCUACAACCUCCACAACAACUUUUUAAACACCAGGAUUACUUCAGAUGCCUUGGUGGACCUGCUUUCUGUUGGAGAUGCCAACAUUCCAAACUACAGCUGUGGAAGACAGAAAGACCUCUGGGUUCUCCUGGAAGCAGCUGACUCAGACAUCUCCAUACAAAUUUCAACGAUGGCAGCCAUCUACAAAAUCCCACAGCUUCACCGUUUCCUCCAAAACUCUCAACUGCACAAUCGUUCCUUGGAUGGAAUACAUUUGGAUGAAAAAGGAAACCUGGUAGCUGAUUUGGACAUCAUGAACUGGAUGGUUUUUCCAAAUAACUCUGUCACCAAAGUGAUGUUUGGGAGUCUAAUAAAACAGAGAUCCUCGGAUUUCAAAUUUUCAAUCAAUCAGGAUGCUCUCGAGCACCUGGAAUUACUCAACAAGCCCCUGCCUCUUUCCAAGUGUGUACAAAGUUGUUCUCGUGGAUUCCACAAGAUGGCUGAAAGAGGGAGACCCAUGUGCUGUUACAAUUGUGUUGUUUGUGCAGAAGGAGCCAUCUCUGCUCAGGAAGAUGCAGAAAAGUGCACCAGGUGUCCAGAUGAUCAGCACCCAAAUGAGAAGAAAGACCACUGUGUUCCUAAAGUUAUAACUUAUUUGUCUUAUGAAGGACAUUUGGGGAUUCUUCUUGUUUCCUUUGCUGGGUUCAUGGUCUUCAUCACAAGCUUUGUGCUGGGAAUCUUCAUUAAAUUCCUAGAAACUCCAAUUGUGAAGGCCAACAAUCGAGACCUUUCCUUCAUUCUCCUGGGUUCCCUUCUGCUUUCCUUCUUAUCCUCCUUCCUAUUCAUUGGCCGACCCAUGCAAGCCACGUGCUUUUCCCAACAAAUGGUCUUCACUACCAUAUUCACAGCUGCCAUUUCUUCAGUGCUAGCAAAAACCAUCACAGUGGUGUUGGCGUUUUUGGCUACCAAGCCAGGAAAUAAGAUGAAGAAAUGGCUGGGGAAGAGCUUGGCCAACUCCAUUGUCUUAUCUUGCUCAAGUGUCCAAGUUGUUAUUGGUAGCAUUUGGUUGGGAGCUUGUCCCCCUUUCCUUGAGUUUGACAAGCAUUCUCAGCUUGAAGAGAUUAUCUUGAAAUGCAAUGAGGGCUCAGUCACUAUGUUUUAUUUUGCUCUUGGUUACAUGGGCUUCCUGGCUGUCAGUUGCUUCACGGUGGCUUUCCUGGCCAGGAAUCUGCCUGGAGCUUUCAAUGAAGCCAAGCUGAUCACCUUCAGCAUGCUGGUAUUCUGCAGCGUCUGGGUGUCUUUCAUUCCUGCCUACCUGAGUAUCAAAGGGAAGUACAUGGUGGCUGUGCAGGUCUUCUCCAUCUUGGUUUCCAGUGCUGGUCUGUUGGUCUGCAUCUUCAUCCCUAAAUGCUACAUUAUUGUGCUAAGGCCAAAGCUGAAUACAAAAGAACAUCUUAAGAUAAAAUAG